CUGUGGGCUGCUGGAAAUGUAGUGAGCAGUCUGAGACAAGCGCUGGGUGAAUCAUUAGCCAACUGCUUCCCUGGGAUGAUUUUGUCUGGAGUCUGAAAGGAAAAUACAUUCGCCACUUAUUAGUAUUUUGUUGUUUUUUUUCUUGACUGAAUAUUUUUGAAUUUUUUGAGGGGGGUUUACCAGGACACCAAAGUGGAUGUAAAUAUCUGGUGGAUCUCCAGUCCAAAAUGCUGCUGGUUUCCCAGCGCAUAGAAGCACCACGUAUGGAGCCCUAUUUACCACUGCAAGGAUCCAUAAAGAGAAAACUGGAAGAUGACAGUUCCCCUGGGUCAUCUAGCAUGAAUGAUAUCAUUUUCUCAAGUGACAACAAAAGACUCUGCCUUGAUGAUGUAACACUUUCUAUGGGCCAAACUCAAAACACCAGCUCCGGCAUAACUUGCUCUGAAUUACAGCACUCUCCUUUCGCAACUAAUCAAAAUUCAGCUACCAUGGGGGUAAGUGCCCAUUCAGUUGUUAUGGAGAAUAAUCACAUGAAUGGUAGAAGUAUGGCUUCCCCCUUUUCUGUUCCACAGAGUAAUGAAAUAAACCAGAAAGCAGCCUUCGAAGAAAAGGCCAGCAAUUUACCAUCUGUGGACCAAGAGCUGCAAGACCUUCUUGAAGAACUGACUAAAAUGCCUGAUCCAUCUCCAAAUGACUUGGAUCUUGAGAAGAUAUUGGGAAGUAAGGCUGAGGAACCCAUCGUUAUAAGCCAUUCACAGCCAAGUUUGAGUACUACACCUAAACUUUCUCCCCAAACAACAACUCACUUAGACAACCCUAUCUCUAGCAAAGAUUUUUCAGCAGGAUGCAAUCCUGUUAGUGCUGGUUCUCCCCAAAUUAGACCUUCAUCUGCUGGAACAAAUUAUCCUGUUCCUUCUGCAAACAAGCAAGUACAGUCACCCAUACCAUCUGCUCAGAAUAAGCCUCAGGCACAGUCUGUGUUACCUGUAACAAUGUCUAAUAUGCCUGGGACCAACUGGCAUGCACAGCAGCUGAAACAACUGGCUGCAAAUAAACAAGGUACUUCUGCCAAACAGCAAGUGCAGACAUCAAGCUGGCCAACAAUUUCACCUACAGGUCUUUCCCCAACUUACAGGCCAGGGUCUUCCCCACAGCAGCCUUUCAGUCCGCAGAAUGUUAUGGUGUCUGGUAUGACCACCAGUGGUUUACAAGGAAAUAAUAUGCAAGGUUCGCAGAACUCCCUCCUGUCAAGCAUGACUUCCACCAGCAAUGCAACCAGCAGACCUUCACCUCCCUAUGUAUCAGAAAAGAUAUCAAGUCCAGCUCUUAACCAGCAGCCCUUUAGUCCACAGGCCCCUUUGUUGACUAACAGAAGUUCAAGUAACAUUCCAGCAAAUGCCAUCAAAAGCCCUCAGAACAACAUUGUGGGAAAUAUGACACCUUCAAAUGCAGGGCCAUCUCCACCAUAUCAGUCUGAAAAACUUUCAAGCCCUGCACUGCAUCAACAGCCGUUUAGUCCCCAGAAUGCACUGAUGUCUAAUAUUCCUCCUUCCAGCAGCCAACCAAGUAUGCAAAGUUCACUUUAUAAGUCAAUGUCUACAAACCAGUCAAAAAACCUUAACAUGAUUAUGCAGCAGCCUUCUAAUGGCCUGCAACCUGGCAUAGCCAAUGAAACACAAGUUUCACAUGAUCAUUUUUCUUUUAAUAACACCAAACCCCUAUCUCAUUUUGCGCCUGAUUCUGCUGGACAGAAAAUGAAUGUGUCUCCUGGUCCUGGAUCUCUAAUUCAUUAUCUCCAGCAGCAUCAAAAUCCGUCUGUGCAGCAGCCUCAACAGCAGGUCAGCAACAGCCAGUUUCUCCAGCAGCAGAUCCGCCAGCUAAUGCAGCCAACACGCAUGCAAAGACAAAUGCAGCCAAGCAGCUUGCCUUCCCAAGCCAGACAGGAUCUGAGUACUGGAAUCGUUCCCAGAAUGCAAGAACCAGGCUCCAUACCAAGUGCAGGCCCCGGGCCUACUCCUCCCACUGCUAAUGGCUACAUUCGCAAUGCAAUCCUGAAGGAGCAAAUCAUGAGGAGGCAGCAGCAGCAACAGCAGCAGUUGCAGAUUAAACACCGGCCAAAUAUGAUGAGUGUGACCAAUGAACAACGUGGCACUUUUGUUACCCAGCAGAUGAAUCAGUUUCAAACUAUUCCACAACCUCUCCGCACUGACUGUGUCCAGCCAAUGUCAACACCUGCCCAAAACCAUCGCAUGAUUGCAUCACCCCAAGGGCUCAUUCAAACCAGUAUGGGCUCUGGAAUCGCCCAAACAGCUAUUAACCAGAACAGUGGACCUAUGGUUAUAAUGCCUCACAACACUGGAAAACAACAAGGAAUAUUCCCAGGAUCAUCAGAAUUCAACAUUCUUCUUCGGCAGAACCAGAACACCAUGAACAUAAAUUCUGGGUGCCAGACAGUCCAUAACCAAUCCACAAUACGACCUGGAAUGACCUUGUCUGGAUAUACAACCAGCUCUUUAACAAAUCAUGCUGCAGCACAGCAACACUUGCAGCAGUCCAGCAUAUCCAGAAUCCCCAAUGUGUAUGCUAACUCCUCUUCUCAGCUGUGGACGCAAGCUGGAGUUUCUAGACUGUCAGGCCAAAAUCAAAUGGACCCCAGUGUGCAACAAUUCCCUAACAACCCACUCUUUUCCAAACAAAGUAUCAGACCAAACAUGGCAAGCCAGCAAUUUCCUCACCAAGCUGUGGUUCCUCCAAACCAAAUAGCUCCUGGGGUCCAGAUACGUCAAAUGCAAAAACUUGGCCUAGCCCACUCAAAUCAAGUAGGGUCUAUUAACAAUCCUAACCUAGGGAACAGUCUAUCAAGGGGGCCGAUAUCAGCUAUCAAUGCCAUGAAAGCUAUGCCCCAAGGUGUACCUGCAUUCAACCAAAUAAAUCCUGGUCAGCUAGGCCCACCUGCUUAUGGACCUUCAUCAGUCCAGGCACCAGAAUCCUUUGAUCGAGUGAGUUCUGGUCCAGAUAUGCACCAGUAUGACUUUGUUCAGACGCAAAAUAGCUCUAUGUUGUCUGCUAACUGUAAUGAAGCUGACUUUAUUGAUUGCCUAAUGAAAGGUGGAAGUAGCAGCAAUGCAGAUGAAGACUGGCUACACAACUUAACAAUACUGGAUGAUAUUUUGGGGCAACACAAUCAAAAUCCUGGACCUGUCUAGUGCACAGCAAAACAAGCAUAUCAGAAGAACAGCCAUCCCACUUGAAAUCAACAAAUCUUUUAAUACAAAGAUUAACCGGGUGGCUAAUAUCGGCUGUUCUUUUUUUUCUGAAAAAUGUAAAUAUUUAAAUAUUUUAUAAAUUAUGUUUUCCAACAGUAUAUAGAAGUAUUGAUACUUCUGUGAGUGGCUGUAUAUAAACUUAUUGCAUAAUGUUUUGUUACAUUAUAGGGUUUUCAUUUAUAAUACCUUGUUUUAAUAUGCAAAUAUUAUUGUUAGUUUUGGUAAUACUGUGUAUUACAGCCUGAAAUAAUUGUUAUGUUUUUUGACAUAACACGCAUAAAGUAAGAGGUGUUGAGCAAACUAAUGGAACCUAUGUAUCCCCACCCAGCAUUUAGUUACACUGGAACGCUAAUAUGGAAUCAAGUAGUCAACCAUUUUGGCCUUGCAUUAUUUAGAUCCUUGUUUUGAAGGCGUCUUUCACCCUAAAUGCGCACUAACCUUAAAAAUGUUCUUUAACUGUGCCUAAUACAGAGGAAUUCAUAUUUUACACAUAUAGAUUUAUAUUAUUUUUUAAUAUAGGUUGUCCAUUCUUAAAGGAGUUGUUUACCUUCUGAGACAAUUUGCAAUUAUGGGAGGUUUUUUAAUUACUUCAUUUUUUUGUUUAGCAGCUUUCCAGUUUGGAAUUUCAGCAGCAGGGUCCAAAUUACCUUAGCAACGAGCAACCAGGAAGUGGUUUGAAUGAGAGAUUUAUGAAUAGAAGAGGGACUGAAUAUAAAGAUAAAUAAUAAAAGUAACAAUAACAUUGUAGAGUCACAGAGUAAUAGCGUUGUAACUGCUAAUAUCAGCGAUCCUCAUUGUAAAGCUGGAAAGAGUCACAAGAAGGCAAAUAAUUAAAAAAAAAACCUCAAUUAUAAAAAAAUAAUUUAUAAAAAAAAAACAAUUGAAAAAUUGCUAAGAAUUGGCUAUUCUAUAACAUACUAAAAGUUAUAGUACCCAUUUUGCCUGCCUUCUGCUAUUAUUUUGGGUCUGUAGCUGAUUAUGCCAACUAUUAUGGUAACAUAAUAAAAGGUGCAAAGUUUGCUACUGGUCUAGUAACCCCUAGCGACCAAUAAAGCAAUCUUAUCAACACUAUUCUAUAAGCUGGGCGAGAAAAGACUUCAAUAGGAAUACUAUUCAUACUAUACCCUGCUUAGACAACUAUAAAGGGAAAAGAAAAUAAAGUUUAGUGUGCCUUUACAGUGUUUAGAGCCUAUUCAGCUCACUCACCCCUGCUACUGGUGUCUGCAUGUUUGUUUGCAUUACCUAAUGAAAGGCAUUGAAUAAGGGAGUGAGCUGCCUUAGUCACUAGAACAAGAGACACAAAUGCAUGGCUUAUGAGUUAGAUGGUUGUCCAGUCACAGUAUCAGCCCUGAUGUACCUCUUGAUAGGAUGCACUCAAUACAUGGAAAUGAUAUGCCAAGUAAGAGUCCCUUACACUAACGAUACAACAUAAUUGGCCAUACUCCUUGUCAGCUAGUACAAUGUGUCCUUGGGACUAUGUCUAAAAUUCAUUUGAUGAAAGGAAAAACAACCAGUUAGUGCACAUGUAAAACCAAAUGGCAAAACUUUUAUUGGUUUGCACACCUUUGUAUAUAUUUGUAGUAUACAGGUGACUUGUUCCUGAUUUUUAGGCUUUUUCACAACUACAUUUUACUGUGGGGGGCGGGGUUGGGGUGCAGUUUGUUGGAAGGAAAAAGCCUAGGCAAGAAUUUUGUCAAUUUUCUGUCAGAUAAUAUUGUCCAAUGUAUAUUUAAGAGUCUGUUUAUUAAAAACAAAUUCCAUUGUACUGUAAACUUCAAAUGUUCAUAUUUUGUGUAAUCAUAUUUUAAUAGUUGCACCAUAUUUCUGUAAUACAUUUGUAAUAUAAUGUCAGCAUCAAGCACAGAAUCAAUGAUGUUUUCCUCAUACCAUAAUAAAGAGCCAGGGAAAAAUGGA